AUGGAAAUUAUCUGUGACAUUGUGGUAUCUGGAGAAUUCUUUAUUGGGGUUUUGGUCAAUGUUUUCAUUGGACUAGUGAACUUCAUAAAUUGGGCCAAGAUUAGGAGAGUGUCUACAAUGGAUUUCAUCAUCACAGGCUUGGCCAUAUCCAGGAUCAUUCUUCUGUGGAUGAUAGCAAUUAUCAUUAUUGCACUAGAUUUCAAUUUUGAUGAAAACAUAGGGAAUAAAAUAAGAUUCAUGAAUACCUUAUGGCAUCUAUGUAGUCUGUCAAAUGCCUGGCUUGAUGCCUGCCUCAAUGUCUUCUUAUUCCUGAAGAUUGCCAACUUCUCCCACCCUGUCUUCCUCUGGCUGAAAUGGAGGGUUGACAAGGUGAUCCUUAGGGUGCUGAUGGGAUGCUUGAUCAUUUUUUUGGUCAUUUGCCUUCCACCAACCAAGAAAAUACCUUCCAUUUACUUUGAUCUAAGAAAGAAAGCAAACAUGACGGGAAAGACUCAAGUAAGUGGUACCUACUUCAUUUUUUCCCUAGUAUUUUUCUAUAUAGGGAGCCUCCCUCCUUUCACUCUAUGUCUGGUCUGUUGUUUCCUGUUAGUCCUAUCACUAUGGAGGCACACCCAGCAGAGACAGCUCCAUAUCACAAGCUCCAGAGACCCCAGCACAGAGGCCCACGUGAAGGCCAUGAAAUUCAUGAUCUCCUACCUUUUCUUCUUUCUACUAUACCAUGUGGCUACCAUCAUAGCAGCUGUAAGCUUCUCUGUGUUCAACAGCAAGCUGGGUGCAAAGUUGGCAAUGAUAAUCAUGGCUGUUUACCCUUUGACCCACUCCAUCAUUCUGAUUGUAGGGAACAGCAACCUGAGGCAGGCCGCAGUGAAGGCACUGCAGAAACUAAGACACUUCCUCAGAAACUCUGGCAAACUCUUAGGAGCAAGACCUGAAUGCUAA